AUGCAAGUCCAAUGCCAUCGCGAAUCCAAAUAUUUAAAACAAUGGGACCAGAUGUCUCACUACCUUCGAAACCUGUAUUUGCGUUGGGGAAUUUGGUUAAAUACUUCGAUGUACUAUUGCGAACAUUUUGAACUUAUUAAAGAAAUUAUCGAUAAAUUAGAUGAAAAAGACGCAGUUGCAGUUUCCAAAGCUGAACAUUUAUUUUCUGCAUUUAACUUGAAACAUAACUUAGUAUACAUUAAGGCAAAUUUUACUACGUUAGCAAUAUCUAUUACGCAAUUAGAAACUUCCGGUAUAACUUUAGCUGAUUCUAUAAACAUUAAAAUAAAAAUAAAUAUAAAUAAAUAA